AUGUGGUUCCUUCCCCCUCUCCCUCUUUGUCACUCGCUUGUGUGUCAUCCGCGCCACUCGCCGAUCAACCGCUGUUGUGCCGUUUCCCUUCUGCCCCUACCCUGCCUCGCUCCCCCUCCUCCCCCCCACCUCCUCUCACCCAUUCUCCCCCAGAUUCCCCUCACUUGUCUUUCAGCCACGCCACCAGUCCGGACCCUUCUUCCCCCCUCCCCCCACCUUUCCGCUUGUCUCCGGCCCCCCAGUUCCCCGGCCUUUCCCCCUUCCUCCCACCUCCUCACUUCCCCCUUCCCACCCCCCCCCUUCUCUCUCACUUGCAAUUCAUCCGCGCCAGUCGGCCCGCCAUUGACUCUCCUUCCCUCCGCCCUUCUUUCCUACUCUCUCGUUCCCUCCAACUCCCCUCAUCCCACCUCCUCCCCCAUCGCCCUCCAUUCCCCGCCCCCUCCCCCCCCACCCACCCCCCCAUCUCCCCCCACAUUCUUCACCAUUUUCCCACCCCCCAUCCCCGCCCUCCUUUCCCCCAUUCCUCCUUUCCCCCUUCCCCAUACCCCCUUCCCCCUUCCCCCUCACUUGUGUUUCAUCCGCGCCAGACGACCCGCCACGGACGUGUCCGUGAACUCCCCUUAG